UAUAGGACCGGGAACUAAUCCCUUAUCUCUUUUUUAAACAUAUUAUUUCAGUGUUUUAUGGUGGGGAGUAGAAGUUGAGACGAAGAAGAAGCCAAGGCGAUGAUGAAAUGUGCAGCAAUGGUUGUAGGAGGUUACAGGCCCCUGCUGAGGCCCACAUGCGUGGCUUCAACUUCCAAAAUCAGCACAGAGCAGCUUCGUUACCAGCUGGACCAACUACAUGCCGAAGCUGAGACCACCCGAGCCAAAGCUAGCAGUGCUAGAUUGAGGUUUUUGCGGUUAUCAGAGGCAGCUGAAAAGUUUCGGCGCCAGGCUGCUGUUAGUAUUCAGAGGGGAAGCGAAAAUGAGGCAAGGGACCUGCUUUGUCAGAAGAAGAAGGUUAUGCAAGCUUUGGAAAAGUCUAAGAGUCGGAUUGAGUUAUUGGAUAAGCUUUCUACAAAGCUUAAUGAGGCAAUAACUGUCAAAGAAACUCAACUAAUUGGGAACAUUGCGUCAGAGACAGAAAUAGGUGGAGAAGAUGAUUCUAUGCCAGUUCGGAUUGUAUCUCCAAAGGAGCGAGCUGCAAAUGAUAAAAAUCAGAAUAAGGACAUUGCCCAUGAUGCCCAAACACUCUGUGAAGAUCAAAAGUUGCCGCUCCAUACAGAUGAUCUCGUGGAGCAACCUGCCAAUGAGGAGCUAGAGGAACAUCAAGCAUUUCCAAGUUUCAUUGUAUUUAAUGAAGACACUAUAAAUAGUAGCUUGGCAGCAACAUCAACUUAUGAGGACUUCUUGGAGCAUCUGGAUCAACAGCUCAAGAAAAUUGAACAAGAACUUGUAACAGUAUUGAAUGUUUCAACAUUGUUACUGGACGAUGAGAAGCCAAAAAAUUUGAAGGUGCAGCAAACAAGGGAACUUCUUGAGAGUAUCGUUGACAUAAGACAGAGAAUUACAAAUAUGAGGCAGACGAAGGUAGAGAUCAGUUAAGGCUUCAUUAUUAUCUCAGUCAGGUUCCUACUACCAGGUGAGGGCAUUUUUUUAGCAGAAAUUAUUUCAUA